AUGGGCACGGGCGGGGCCACGUUCUGCACCCCCCCAUCGCGGGCCUGGAUUCCGCUGCCUUUGCUAGAGAUCGUCCGGGAAGCCGUCAGAGCACGGGAUGGGGGCCGGGUAGGGGGGGGGCUGGGGGGAGGGAGGAAGAGGGAGAAAGGGGAGGGAGGAGGAACAGGAGGAAAGAGGGGAGGCGACUGGCGCGGCCGGCUCGCUCGCAGCCAGUCGUGA